GCAAGUGUGGAAAUUAAAAGAAACUUCUGCAUCGACCACCUCGUCAUUUCCAUUUCCUUUUCUCGGUGGUGUUCUUCAAUUUCCAUCCAUGGCUUUCCCUCAGCACCACUUCCAACGGCACUACCAAACCCAACAACAACAGCCACAGACCAAACCCUUCAGAAAUCUGCAAGCAAUAGAUGGUCAGAUUCCACAGCAGGUGGCGUUUUACAACCCUACUGAUUUGCAAGAUCAGUCCCAGCAUCCACCCUACAUACCUCCCUUUCAUGUUGUUGGGUUUGCUCCGGGUCCUGUUCCUCCUGCUGAUGGCAGUGAUGGUGGAGUUGAUUUGCAAUUGCAAUGGAAUUAUGGUUUGGAGCCAGAGAGGAAGAGACUUAAAGAACAGGACUUUUUGGAGAACAAUUCUCAGAUAUCUUCUGUUGAUUUUCUCCAACCACGAUCAGUUUCAACUGGGUUAGGCUUGUCACUCGACAAUACUCGCCUGACAUCCACCGGAGACUCAGCUUUGUUGUCGCUCAUUGGCGAUGACAUUGAGCGUGAGUUGCAGCAACAGGAUGUAGAGAUAGAUAGAUUUCUCAAAGUGCAGGGUGAAAGGCUGCGUCAAUCAAUCUUAGAAAAGGUUCAAGCAACACAGCUUCAGAGUGUCUCACUCAUAGAAGACAAAGUACUUCAGAAACUUCGUGAGAAAGAAGCUGAGGUUGAAAGCAUCAACAAGAGGAAUAUGGAACUUGAAGAUCGAAUGGAGCAGUUGACUGUGGAAGCUGGUUCAUGGCAGCAGCGAGCAAGAUACAAUGAAAACAUGAUUGCUGCUCUCAAGUUCAACCUUCAGCAAGCAUAUGUCCAAAGUAGAGAUAGUAAAGAAGGAUGUGGUGACAGUGAGGUUGAUGACACGGCUUCUUGCUGCAAUGGCCGUACCCUUGAUUUUCAUCUGCUUUCUAAGGAGAACACUGAUAUGAAAGAGAUGAUGACAUGCAAGGCUUGCAGAGUGAAUGAAGUGACCAUGGUUUUGUUACCUUGUAAGCAUCUUUGCCUCUGUAAAGAUUGUGAAAGUAAGCUUAGUUUCUGUCCUCUAUGUCAAUCCUCCAAAUUUAUAAGCAUGGAGGUCUACAUGUAACUGCAAAGUAUACUUCUACACGUGAAAUCUCUAAUUUCAUGUCAUUAUUAUGUGCGUCUGUUCUUGUAGCUUGUCUCUGAGGACCAUGACACGUUGUAACUAGUUUCUAAGAUGCAUUUUACCAUAAUGUGUUCCACAUGUUUGAGAACAAUGGUUAUUGAAAGCAUCAUGCACCGAUGCAGGUGACAUUUGUACUGUGUAUCACAACUUUGUUUUCCAAAAGAAAAUUGUUAGAAGAGUUAAUCUUACUAUUGCUAUAAA